AUGUUUAAGGGAUGGUGUUUUACAUCCAAUAUUGCUUGGCAUGAUGGAGGUCGAAUUAUUGUGGCGUGGAUUCCUUUUAGCUACUCCGUGAACAUACUAAAAUGUACCAGCCAGCUUAUUCAUCUACAAGUAGCUACUUUAGAUGGUAAGCAUUGCUUCUUUGCUACCUUUGUGUAUGCUUUCAAUGAGUUAGAAGGGAGGAAACUACUUUGGGCAAAUUUAAAGAAUUUGGCUACCCAUGAACCAUGGAUGGUUAUGGGAGACUUUAAUGACAUAUUGCUUAAGGAGGAAAGGAUUGGAAAAAAGGUGAAAUUCAAUGCUGCAACAGAUUUUAUAGAUUGUGUUGGAACAUGUCAAUUAAAAGAUAUAAAGUAUAGUGGCAGCUACUAUACUUGGAACAACAAAAGACAAGGAAGCGAGAGGAUUUGCUCAAAAAUAGAUCGAUUUCUUGCCAAUCAAAGAUGGUUAGAUAGUUUCUCUUCUACUGAAGCUAUUUUUGCAGCAGAGGAAUUAUUUGAUUACACCAUAGCUAUUAUUGCUUUGUCUCAUGAAAUAGUUAAUGGAAAAAAGCCAUUGAAGUAUUUUCAAAUGUGGACUUCCCAUCCACAAUACUCAAAGAUUGUAAAAGGGGUCUAUAACCAAGGAAUUACUGGCUCUAAAAUGUACCAAGUCAUAUCAAAGCUGAAGAAACUUAAAGUGGCUUUUAAGGAACUCAACAUGCAGCAUUUCUCAAAUAUUCAAGAGGCCACUGAUGAAGCAAAAAAGGAGAUGUUAGAUGUUCAGAAGAAGCUGCAAUUAGAGCCUCUAAAUCAUGAACUUACUGCUAAAGAAGUAGCAGCUUGGGUCAAAUAUGGACAACUUUUGAAAGGCCGCAAUUCAUUUAUGUACCAGAAAUCCAAGAUUAGUUGGAUUAAAAAUAGAGACGAAAAUACGGCCAUUUUUCAUGCUAGUAUCAAAGAGAGGAGGAAAUUAUAUAACAUAUUAUCUAUUGAAGACCAGUAG